CAAUUCAUAUUUUUAUUCUAUUUUUUUUUCCUCUUUUGUAAAUUAAAAAAAAAAAAAACCUUCUCUCAAAUUUCAAUUAAGAAAAGAAAAAGAAAAGGAAAAAAAGGUGUAAAAAUCAAAGAUGUUAGAGCAGCUGUUAAUUUUCACUAGAGGAGGGUUAAUCCUUUGGACAUGUAAUGAGCUUGGAAAUGCUCUAAAAGGAUCGCCGAUUGACACUCUGAUCCGAUCCUGUCUUUUAGAGGAACGAUCCGGUGCUGCUUCUUUUAAUUAUGAUGUUUCCGGUGCUUCUUAUACCCUUAAAUGGACUUUCCAUAACGACCUUGGUCUUGUCUUUGUUGCUGUUUAUCAAAAAAUUCUCCAUUUACUGUAUGUCGAUGAGUUGCUCGCUAUGGUUAAGCUGGCGUUUUCGGAUAUUUAUGAUCCUAAACGCAUGGAAUAUAAUGAUUUUGAUGAAACUUUUAGGCAGCUUAGGAAAGAGGCAGAAGCUCGAGCUGAGGAGUUGAAGAAGUCGAAGCAAGUGGGUAAGGCUUUGAAUGAUAGCAAGAAGCAAGUGCAGGUGAGAAAAGGCGGAUUUGAUGGAGGAAAUAAGAAGAGUGUAUCGAAUGAUGCUGGUGAUGGAGAUGGGGAUGGGAAAGGGAAAGCUUAUAAAUUGGAGAAUGGUCACUCCAAUGGUAAUGUUGUUGAUAAUGAAAGGUCUAGAGCAGGUGUUGUUAGUGCUAACGGUAAAGAAAAUGCGAGUUCUAAUAUUUCCGCUUUUGAUGUAAGUAAGCUUCAGAAGCGGGGUAAAGGUGCAAAAAAAACUGAUACUGUUAUUAGUAUGGGUCCUAAGGUUGACCCAAAGAAAAAGAUAGCGAAAAAGAAUAGAGUUUGGGAUGAUUCGCCCAAAGAGUCUAAAUUGGACUUUACAGAUCCUGUGGAGAAUGGGCAUGAGAAUAUGGAGGUUGUGGAAACUAAUCAUGGUGAAAGCAUGAUGGACAAAGAAGAAAUUGUCAGCAGUGACAGUGAGUCUGAAGAGGAAAUGGGAAAGGAGACCAAGCCUGAUGCUAAGAAGAAGGGAUGGUUUGCUUCCAUGUUUCAGAGUAUUGCUGGAAAGGCAAAUUUGGAGAAGUCAGACCUGGAACCAGCUCUGAAAGCUCUCAAGGAUAGGUUGAUGACCAAGAAUGUGGCAGAGGAGAUAGCUGAGAAGCUUUGUGAAUCAGUCGCAGCUAGUCUUGAAGGUAAAAAGCUGGGAUCUUUCACGAGGAUAUCUUCAACAGUACAGACUGCAAUGGAAGAAGCACUUGUUCGUAUUUUAACUCCUAGGCGCUCUAUUGACAUACUGAGGGAUGUUCAUGCUGCUAAGGAACAAAAGAAACCAUAUGUUGUUGUUUUUGUUGGUGUCAACGGGGUUGGGAAAUCCACCAAUCUUGCUAAGGUUGCAUACUGGCUUCAGCAGCAUAAUGUUAGCGUUAUGAUGGCUGCUUGUGAUACAUUUCGGUCAGGAGCUGUUGAGCAACUGCGUACUCAUGCACGUAGACUUCAGAUCCCUAUAUUUGAAAAGGGCUAUGAAAAAGAUCCUGCUAUUGUAGCAAAGGAAGCAAUUCAGGAGGCUACCCGCAAUGGUUCUGAUGUGGUUCUUGUUGAUACUGCUGGUAGAAUGCAGGACAAUGAACCAUUAAUGAGAGCUCUCUCGAAGCUUAUUUACCUCAACAAUCCAGAUUUGGUCUUGUUUGUUGGAGAGGCAUUGGUUGGAAAUGAUGCUGUCGAUCAACUGUCGAAGUUCAAUCAGAAAUUAGCUGACCUUUCUACUUCACCUUUCCUAAGAUUGAUAGAUGGGAUUCUGCUAACCAAGUUUGAUACGAUUGACGAUAAGGUUGGAGCAGCAUUGUCAAUGGUUUAUACCUCCGGUGCACCGGUCAUGUUUGUUGGGUGUGGACAAUCCUACACGGAUCUCAAGAAGCUGAAUGUGAAAUCAAUUGUGAAGACGCUCCUCAAAUGAAUGGUGGUGUUUUACCAUUAAUCAAUGUUUUCUUUUGGGUGAAUGAAGUUGUUUCCAUUGUCAUGCUUUCAGUUCUGUUAUGAACAGAUUUCUGCCAAACUUCUGUGUUUGUUUGUUCCAUUCUAAUUUUCGGAUUUGUUAAAAGGAGGCGAAUCGGUCACUUGUCAUUGUAAGAUAUAGCAGUUUUCAAUAAAUUUGGAACUUCUGUUUUAA